AUGGUGAAGCUCUUCUGUGCGGUGGUCGGGGAGCAGGGCAGCGCGUUCUCCGUCAAGAUCGAUGCGAGCGAGUCCGUGGAUGACUUACGGAACAUGAUCCGAGACCACCCACAGUUUGGCCACCCCAACAGCAAGAUGGAGCUAUUCCUCGCCAAGAAGGGCGGCGCGUGGCUGACUGAAAACGAGGUCAAAGGUGUGAGUGACACCAGCGGCCUGAAGCAUCUGGAUGCUGCGCGAGCGAAGCUCCGACGCGUUGGUUUGUCUGAAGAGAAAAUGGUCGAAGUGGAUGAAGAUGACGAGGCAGCAGGAAAUGGCCUUGUGAAUGUGCUGGUGGUGGUUCCAAGCGAUGAUGUGGUUGUUCCUGUGAGUGUUCCGGUUGCUGUACCGACUGGCCCUGAAGUGGAUCUUCGUUCGUGCGAUCAUCUGCUCGCAUUCUUGGAAAGCGAGAUGAAGAACAAGGCGGCAAUUGUUUCCAGGCCUCACAUUUUGGCGCAAGAAAGUUUAGAGUUCCGUCUGGUGGGGCGGGAGCAAGCGAUUGAGACAGCAUCCAAGUGCUUCAAGAACAUCAUCACACAUGCGAGUAGAACCGCUUCUGAUCGCAUCAAAGUGGCAAUGCCUGUUUGCUCUGGUAUAUCUGGUCUGGGGAAAACGCGUAUGCUAGAAGAAGGCGGCACGAUUUUGGAACGGAUGAAGUUAAACCCCAAUCACGUUGCCCGUGUGAUUGUUCCGUACUUCAACGGGUUUAGUCCCCAAUCAGUCGAGCGAUCGAUGCCAAUCGAAGCGUCUUUCUCGUGGCGGCUCUUGUAUCGAUUCUUUCUGGACAUGAACUGCGAUCGUGAAUUUGACGAGUGGUUUGAGUUGCGGCUACCUCGCAAUGGAGCACAGCUGAAGUUGAAACGUGCCGUCAGAGUCAUCGAGCGCAAGCUGCGUGAUAAACUGCAAGAACCAGCUACGUUGUAUCUCUAUCUCGGCGUUGAUGAAUAUCAAAAGAUUGAGAAGAUCGGUGCUCAGCGAAAAGAUCCCAACACGUCACUCCUACGUGAGCUCGUGGAAGCCAUUGGAGCUUUGCUGUGCUUGAAGUCGUCGAGUUUGGUUUUGCUGCCCAUGUUCGCGGGGACAGAUUUGGGCGUCAUUGAAUCCAGUUCAAUUGCAAAUUCUUCGUAUUACGUGACCGAGCGACUUCCGAUGUACCUCUUGUCAAUGGAUCAAGUGUUCAGCAUUGUGGAAAGCAACUCGAGCUAUGCGGGGCUGCUGAGUCAUGCCCAGAUUUGCCGCGAUUUGUUCGUUCUUGGAGGCGUUCCGCGAUGGGUUGUCGAGUAUCUGACAGCAGUAAAAAAUACUUGCGUGCAAGGGGAGCCCGUGAAUUUGGACAACAUCAACAAGUGCUUCGUGGCAGUCUGGACGAAGUACGUGGCGUACUUCUUGAGAUCACUUGAAACCCCGCAGCUCGUCCGAUUGGCAGCUUUUGCUGUGUCCGGACAAACGGUUGAUCCACAUGACACGUUUCAUGGGAAAUUGAAGUGGUCAAGACUUCGGGAUUCUUCACUAUGUUUGCUGAUUCCGCGCACAUCUUCAAAGUCUGGAGAGCAUGAUGUUCGAGUUCCUUAUGCGCUGUUGGAGAAUAUUGGAUCACGUGGUGCGAAACUGGCAACCGAUGCAGAAAGAAACUUUGCGAGCGCUUUAAACGACAUCAGGAAUAUGGUGGAUUCUACAUUGUUUGACCUUCAGCCGUGGCAGUCGUGGGAGAUCUUCGGUGCCUGCUUUUAUGCAGUGAGAAUCAAUGCGUUGUUGGCGCUUGGAUACUCGACUGUGACGCUGAGAGAUCUUCUGCCUGGCACGUUGAUGUCUGAUGAAACGAGCGGCAUCUCCGUGAAACUUGCUCCUUCAAGAGUGAUUCGGUGUGCCGGCGCGUUUGGUGCCUCAACUCCUCCGCUCAUUCCACGAAAAGGGAACCGAUUGGAAACAAUCGACUGGACGUCGGGUGGCUACAUUGUAGUGAAUGACGAUGGCGGAGCGUGUGUCGAUAUAUUUUUUGCUCUGAAGGAUACGACUGGCCGUGUGGUUGUCUUUGUCGAUCAGCGAAAACGACAGUUCGGUAAAUUUGAGCCAAGUCACGCAAAAGCCUAUCUUGGUAAGUUGAGCGUUUGUCCGGACUUUCUCGUCGCGAGUGGUGCGCGUUUGGUGCGAGGGGUCAUGAAUUGCGUUUCGCCGUCAAAUCUGGCGACGUAUGUGGUACCAGAUGACUGCUUCGUCUUGAGCCGAGCCGAGACAGAGCAGUUCCAUGGCACUUUGGCGUAUCAUCCGGCGUGUUCGCCGGUCAUCUCUAUCAACUCGGCGUGCAAAACUGCGCUGAAAACUGUUUUUCAAGGCGAUGCGAAAGAAGUGGAUUAAGUCGUUGGGGAAAUCGUGAGGAAGCGGGAGGAGCCGAGUGGAGGAUUCCGUACUUCGGAUGAGCUGCUUUCUUUUAUCAAAGCGAAGCGGUUGAAAGUUCAAGUUGAUGACCAAUUUGCGGAGUUUUCA